GCCCAAAAUGCCGGCCCGGAAGCGGAAGCCGGCGGGCAGGGAUGGCGGCGGGGCCGGUGGAUUGCCACUGUCACCUCGCCGCGCCCUGCUUCCACACGGAUGUGGCGGCCGUGGUGCGAGCAGCAGAGGAGGCGGCCGUGGCGGCGCUGGUGGUGGUGGCGGAGCAGGCGGCGGAGUUCCGGAGAGUGAUGGAGCUGUCCGAGAGGUUCCCAGGAUUUGUGUUGCCGUGCCUAGGGGUUCACCCCAUCCAAGAAGUUUCUCCAGAAGAGCAGCGCAGCGUUACUCUGAAGGAUCUGGAUGCUGCAUUGCCGCUUAUAGAACUCUACAAAGAUAAAUUGGUGGCAAUUGGAGAAGUAGGACUAGAUUUCACUCCCAGAUUUGCCAGCACGGAUGAACAGAAGGAAGAACAAAGACAGGUUUUGAUUAAGCAGGUUGAGUUAGCAAGAAGAUUGGAUUUGCCUUUAAAUGUUCACUCCCGCUCAGCUGGAAGACCAACCAUUAAUCUCUUAAAGGAACAAGGUGCUUCAAAAGUGUUGCUUCAUGCAUUUGAUGGGAAGCCAUCUGUAGCAAUGGAAGGGGUGAAAGCCGGAUACUUCUUCUCCAUUCCUCCUUCGAUUAUAAGGAGUGAACAGAAGCAGAAGCUUGUGAAACUGUUACCUCUGGAAAGUAUAUGCUUAGAAACUGACUCUCCAGCUCUGGGGCCUGAAAAACAGGUGAGAAAUGAACCAAAAAAUGUUUACAUUGCUGCAGAAUACAUUGCCAAAAUUAAAGGAAUUCCAGUUGAAGAAGUUAUAGAAGUGACAACACAGAAUGCACUGAAAGUAUUCCCCAAACUGCGGAACUUUGUUCGUGUAUAAACUUAGAAACUGGAAUAAAUAAUGUUGCAGGAACUAGUAGUUGUGGCAUGAUAAAUAAAACUGACAUACAUCUUGUCCUUAAUAGAGGUUGUUGGAAAGUUCAAGGAGUGAGCACAGUGUUACAUAGAUACACAUUACAACAAGCUCAAAUUUCUGAAAGACCUUUUGUACACACCAUUGUUACCUCUUAAAUGCAAUAACAAUAUCUUGGAUCUUU